AUGAAGGAACGUCAUCGCCCGGACGUCUGGACGGCUGUCUCUGUGCAUCGACCCGACAAAGUCCCCCAUAAUCAUUAUGUGACGCACCCAAAGUGGUCUCAAGACUCCCAUCUUCAUGAUGCCAGUCAAAACAUUGCAAAACGUGGCUGGUCUGUGUUCAAGACCGAUCACCAGUCAGCUCUGGCUUUUGUCUCGACGAACCAGCAGCCAAUUAUAAGGAGGUCGGAGACCUCGACAACAACAGCGUCAAACCAACCCCUAAUCCAGGGAGAAAUUCCUCGAACUUUCACUGAAAAAUAUGGCCGCUGUAUGGAUAUUCUCCAUUAUGGCGCUAAUAGCACGGUUCGGCUACACCAAAACAAGCUCGCCGGCCCCGACUCAAAAUACAAACAGCUAGUGGCCAUCAAAGUGUACCGAUACAACAUUCUUGCCUCGACGAACCCCCUUUCUCGCUCAUCAUAUUGCUCUCCCGACGCAAUCUCCAACCUACAUCCUCACCACCCGAAUAUCCUCCCCAUAAUCGAUCUCCUCUACAAUGAACGCUCCGAGCUAUGCCUGGUCAUGCCCAUCUGCGCAGGGGGUGACCUUCACGAACUCAUCUCCCACAACGGAGGUCCUAUCCCAACAAACGAAGCCGAUUGCAUCAUAGCCCAGGUCCUGCGCGCCCUGUCUUUCCUUCAUGAGCACAACACCGCGCAUCGUGAUAUCCGAAUGGAAACCAUCCUCCUCACAGAAAACGGGUCUGUGAAGCUGGCUGGUUUCGGCGACGGUCAUAUACGCCGCCUCUGGUCUGAAUGUGCAAUGCCAUCUGAAGAAACAUUCCGUCCACGCUCGCAAUCUCACCCUGCUUCAUCGGCAGCGUGGUCAUUUUCCUUACCGUCGUUGUUCUCUUCCUCCCGGGCUACCCCUUCGGCUCGGAGCUCGAGCGAUGUGGCACAUUCCACAGCGUCUUUCCCGGGCAUCAGUCUCCCUUAUAUUCCACCAGAGGCUUUCCAUUCUCGUUCCCAUGCUGGACUUGCACAUGGAGACCUAUCAGAAGGAGAUGAAAAUGAUGAUGAUCCCCGUCCGGCGGAUGUUUGGGCAACAGCCAUUAUCUAUGUGGCACUUAUCACCGGUCGUCUUAUUUGGCGCAAUGCUCGUCCACAUCAUGAGGAUCCUCUGUAUUUGGAUUACCUCGAGUGUCGCCAUUCGGAGGACGGGUAUCCACCCAUCGAAGCGCUUGGAAAGAGACGACGCAAUGCCAUCUAUGCGAUGUUACAUCCAAUAUCACGAAAGCGCAUCACUACCGCGCAGAUCUUACAGUCCGAGUGGAUAAGUCGGGUAUCAAUAUGUGAGGCUGGUUCAAAGGGCUAUUAA